AGACGCUCACUCGCUCCAUCAGUUUGCAUCCAUCUGUCUAUUGGCCAGGAGGAUUACAGGGAGCGAUGCAGCUGGAGAGGUAAGGCCCACUGAUGCUCAUCCUGGAGGGUGAACGCCGGUGGCGUACAGAGGGAAAAAGAUGAAGAGGGUAGUGACAGACAGUCUGUUCAAGAUGGAGUUACUAAGUUCUUAAGGAGCUUUUUGAUUAAAGGACGCUUCAACAAGGCUAAGAUAAGUGAGGAUUGUAGGUUCAGAGUGCGGCAAGACGUGACAGCUGAAGACAGGGCUUUACCAUGGUUCUCCUCUCAGAGGAGAAGAGAAAGGUCUUGGGGGCUGUGCGGUGACACGGGGGCAUUGCAUGAGAGCGAGCCAGACCAGCAUGGUCGGAGCGCACUUCACACUAAAAUUCACCUAACACAAACAGAUUAAAGCAGAUUUCCUGGGAUUACUAGUGAAAAUUUCAUUUAGAUCUGUGGCUUAUCUAUAAUUUCAUCAAGAAAAGAAAAAAAAAGUAAUCUAUUGUUUUUGCUCCAUUCAAAGUCCAGCUGAGAGGUUCGUAACAUUAUUUCCGGCUGAGUGUGUUAAUUAAUCUAUGGGCACACAAAUAGGACUGAGUCGCAGGAAAAGACACACGACCAUUAUAAAAGAUGGAGCAAGUUAGAUUUUAGGUUUUUUCGUAUGGACACCUUAGUUUUAGCCUUUGUGUUCCACAUUCAAGAACUCAUCAGUUUAAGGAUGUUACUUUACCUCCUCUGUAGAGUUACACCUUUUAAUAGUAGGUUGUAGUAUUUUUAAUUGGUCUAAUACUGUAGAAGGGUCAGAAGUGCUGCAUUCAGGGGAUGCAUGAUCAUUUCAGCUCCCACAGGAAUCAAUAGCAGGAUGUCACAUUGAAUCUGUCCUUCAGUACCCUGUCCUUACGCACCGACUCUCCUCAUCCGCCGUGCCCACGUUGCCCACCUAAAUCCCCCGUCGUUCAUUUGUUUGGUUCCAUCCAUCCUUUCCCACGUGCAUCAACUCCAGAGCAUCUCAUCCUCCCUCCCUCCCCCCCACCUCGCCCCCUUUUCAAUCACGCUGACUUUGAAGUAUCGCUUCGUCAGCUGCGUCGUGCCUUCUGUACCCAUUGUUACAUCACAUAUAUCUUUGCUCUCUAUUAAAACCUGGCACCUCCUCACCUCUUAAAGCCGUCCCCAAGCAUCUGCCCCAGACGCUCGGCCCCAUCUGUGACUCUGCCCGUUCCCCCUGCCCCUCUGUGUUCUCCCUCUUCCUUGUCCUCCCUGCCUCACCUGCCCUCUCCUCUCCUCUCUCUCUCUCUCCCUCGUGCCUCCCUCCUGUCCCGUGUGGCCAUGCUGGAGAGCUUGUCCCGUCGCUCUCGCUCCCUGCUCUCCCUGACCUUGACCAGUCUGGCUCUGGCCCUCUCCAUCCUGGCUCUCUGCACCUCCUACUGGUGUGAGGGCACCCACAAGGUGGUCAAGCCCCUGUGCCUGUCGCCUGUCAAAAUGAAGAACUGUGGCCAGAACAACAGCGAGCCCUACACCACAGAGAGUCCCACUCAGAACCCCUACAACCGCACACUGUCUCCAGCCAGGAGAGACGAGCUGGCCAAGAUCAGGCAAAGGCAGCUGGCCAAUGCCGUUCACUACAUCUGGGAGACGGGGGAAGACAAGUUUGCUUUUAGAUACUUUCACACGGGCUUCUGGGAAAGCUGUGAGAAACACAAUGAUGGGGAGAAAUGUCGCAGCUUUAUAGAUCUAACUCCAGGGGAAACCCAAGGUGUACUCUGGCUGUCAGUUAUUUCUGAGUUUACAUACAUCGGCCUGCUGGGCAUGGGCUUCUUACUGAUGUGGCUCGAAGUCUUGUGCUCUCAUAAAGAGAUGCACUCACUAAAAAUCAAUGCCUAUGCAGCUAUCUGUACCGUCCUGUCAGGUCUUCUUGGGAUGGUGGCGCAUAUGAUGUACACCACAGUAUUUCAGAUGACAGUCAUUGUGGGGCCCAAAGACUGGAGGCCUCAGUCCUGGGACUACGGGUGGUCAUUUGCCCUUGCCUGGGUGUCCUUCAGUUGCUGCAUGGGGGCGGCUGUGGUCACCCUCAACUCCUACACGAAGACUAUCAUCGAGCUUCGCCGCAAACAGAGACUGCGCCUGGAGGAAGCGAGAGCCGCCACCCACGCCCCGUCCUACGAUGAGGUCGUCCCAGGGGGCGGGCUUUACUCCGUCAGUGGCCUGUUGCAGUGCCCGGACGGCAUGAUUGACGUGGCGUGGGCCCCGAAUGGAAGCGUGGUUGGAGUGGGAAAUGGGGAUGUGCCGACGCUGGUUUUAGUGGGAGGCUGCGGGCCGGAGGGCUGUGAGGACUGUGAGAGAGAGAUGGAUGAGAUGGACGAGGCCAUGGACCGAGUGGAUUCCCCUUGUUAGUGGAUCCGCAGCACUCACUGACUAAAAGCUCUGAGAAACUGAACAGGAGAGACACUGUUACGCAUCUGGAGAAGGUCAAUGUGAGCGAACAGAUCCUGUUUCUUCUUGUCCUACACCUUGAUGUCCAGCGGUGUAGGAAUGAAGAGGGUUGAAGGCUCAGCACUUAUCAUUGUGUCAGGACUAUGACAUAUGUACACUCACAUGCAAGCUGGCAUGUUUUCUGGGUAUUUCUCAGUGCCUCAUGGUGAGAAAGUAAACACACAUAUCUGUAUGUAAAAGGAUACAAAUGUUUCUACUAUAUAUUAUGUGAAGUUGCAAUUUAUCAGGAAACCCAUCUUCUCAGCGAUCAGUUUGUUGAGAUGGCUAUUUCUUUCCCUGAGAAACCACCCAGCUUGUUAUAUAACCUCAUCUUCCUGAGUGGGAUUCAUUCAACAUGUUUCGCUUUUCAAGGUCUUUCCUCACUGGUGGCAAAGGUUUAGCGGCCACAGAAUUUAGAUGCACUGCACGUACUGUACACCAACGGCUCCAGCGAGCGGGUUUGUCCAUGGAGAUGCGCAGACAGACCCAUAGAGAUAGAGAGAUUACAGAGAUUUUGAAAAGUCUGCUCUCUGAUGUUGAACAGAAGAUUAUGUGUAAACCAGUAAUCCCGAGUUGGACGGAAAGAAGGAGGAAUGAAGUGAGAAUGGAGUGGAAGGAGAGCAGCAGGUUGUGGGGGGUCAGGAUGGCAGUCAGAAGGAAGCGCCGACGCGCAAAAAAACUGUAGAGCGCGUGCACACGCUGCAACACCUGCGUCAAGGAGACAACACACUUUCAGGGAAACAAACGACUUACGAAUUUGUGUAAAGCUUUUUUUUUAUUAUUUAGUGUGUUUCACGUUCAUUUGCAGAGACAGUCAUUUGGAAAGCAAAAUAAAUGUAACUACGUUUACUUCAAAUAUCUGUACUUUUCAAAUAAUCCUGGAUUUGCUGUCUGGGAUUAAAACAGCUGAAAACCUAUAACCUGGAGCUCCAUUUUUGUCAGCAUCUUUCAUUAUGAUGUGCAGUUUGUUUCUAGGUCAAUGAAGUAUUUAUUGUACUCUGGGGAAAGGCAAAUAAAUUGAUUUCCAAACCACAGA